AUGGAAAAAGCUAAAGGUGGAAAAAUUUACCAAUCAUUUCUUCCAGUAUCUAAAUUAUCUAAACUUUCUCCUCGCGUAUCCCCCGGAAUUUUAAUAAAGAAUACUACAGAAUUCCAACUCCCAAAAAUAUGUGUUAAUAGAAAUGCUUCAAUUUGGAAAAUUUGUAAAGCUAUUCCGUGUACACCUUAUAUUGACAAGCCUAACUGGAACUAUCCACGUACAACAAUGGCAGGGGAAAAGACAGGCGACUUUGUCAAUCGCGUAUUAGAAAUAGCCUGGGGUUCAAAUCCACCUUCUGUAGAUCUGUAUCUACGUAGUGGAUGCAAUGGGAUUAUGGAAAUGAAAUAUCUGUUUCAAAGUAUCGAAAUAUUUUGGCCACGCUUUUUAGGAUCUAUUAUUAUUGUACUUGAUGCCGGUGACGAAGCAAUUUUAAAAUAUCUCUUGCCUGAAAAACCGGCGCAUCAUUACAUCAUUGAAUUUGAACAUACUCCAUGUGUUCCUGGUCGUGUUUUUAAUCAAUACAGUUAUUUAAAUCUUGAUCGACAUUCCUCUGCCGACUACGUGGUUACAAUUGACAGUGAUUGCAUUCUUCAUUCACCUGUCACACCAGAUCUUAUUUUUCGUCAAGGCAGAGUAAUAUUAGCCUCUUCACGGACUUUUCAAAAGGAUAUUUGGCUAAAAUCGCUUGAUGCUAUGCUAGGUGUCGGCAUGUAUGAUGGACACUAUAUGGUGACACAACCAGUUACGUUUUCUCGAUCAACAUUCUCCUCAUUUCGCCGAUGGUUCCAUGAAUCCAAAGGUAAAUGCUACGAAGAUCAACUUUCACAAUUGUCGCCAGCUCACUACGAAAUGUUUUGCUGGAUGUGCCAACUCGGAACAUACCUUGAAAAGGGGAAUCCUGGUCAAAAUGAGUAUAAAAAGUAUUGGUUUCAGCACUUAGACAACAAUACACUAGAACCAAUCUUACGAUACUCGAUUCAUGUCACAUAUGAACCUUAUGGGUCUGAUCAAUGUUUGGUACCAAAAUGUUAUGAAAAAUCUGCCAAUGAAGCCAUCCAACAAGGAUUAUGCCGAGCGUUUGGUUCGUCCAUAUUUCAUUUCUGCGGCAACUAUUCGCAUUCGAAUUAUAUAAACAAUGUUACAUUCUUAUAUGCACACGCAGAUAUUCAAGCAGCUGAUCAAAAGUCCCGGGAAAAUGCACUACUUAGCUAUCUUAAGCGCCUAUCAGAUGUAACCAUGGCCGCGUUACAUAGAUCACAGUAAACACAAACAAGUUUCUGAAGAUUUGAAACUCUAUUGGUUCAUAGCGAGCGCAGACGUUCCUCUUGUUAAGCCACAUCUUCUCAGCAAAGUUAUUCACAUACAUUGUGAUGAAAUUUACUGUUUUUUGAACAAUUUUAUAGGGUGGGGAAUGAGUGUGAGUGCGUAUGGAUGGGUUAAUGUCAGUGUGGGUGUGGGUGUGGGUGUGGGUGUGGGUGUGGGUGUGGGUGUGGGUGUGGGUGUGGGUGUGGGUGUGGGUGUGGGUGUGGGUGUGGGUGUGGGUGUGGGUGUGGGUGUG